AUGUACGAUUCAGCGGUGGUUUGGCCAAAGGUCACGAGACGUCGGCGGUGGUGCGGUCUAAGGCGGAACGCGUUCGCUAGGAUAUUCACCUGGCAGUCGUGCUGGUCGUGGUACGAGGUGACUAGCUGGCUCACGUACUCCCAGACCUCGCCGGGAGCCGUCCAGGCGGCGGGAUUGGCCGCGUGCCGCAUCAUGCCAUCACCCGACGCGGACGCAACACGCGGCGCGAUCGCUCUGUGGGACGCGCGCGCGCCUCACCGCGGGCCCGUUAAUGGACGGCGCGCCUCGCCCGCGGCCCCCACCACCGCGGCGGCGCGCUAUCAAACCAGUUGCACCGCCCCCCCGCGGUGGUGCCGGAAGUGCACGGCCGCACGCGAGCCUAACGCGCCCGCCCUCGCCUUAAUUAAAUGCACGGCGGAAAUCCAGGCCGAAGUCGACUACACCAGGGCCGAGAGCCAAGCGCGUCCCGUGGAC